CGGUUGGUUCCUGGCCACGGAAAGCUGUGCAGGACGUGACAGCGAGGAGGGGAAAGAAAACAGAUGAAACGAAAUCAGAUUAAAACGCAGACUUGACAUGGUUUGUUUGGUUUAGUUCAGUUUGCGGUUGCGAAUCGAUUCUCCCGAUCAACUCGUUUCUGAGUUGUUCUAAAGGAACCGAUUCAGUCAUCACUUCUUGCAGGGAAGACGGAAGGGUUCAGAGCGGAAGGUGUCUGAGGCGCUUUUGUGGCCCCUCCAGCCCUGUGCGUGAUGGUGGAUGUGUGUGAUGGUGGGAGAUGGAGUUUUCCGAGCACAUUAAGACGGCCAAUGUGGAGGACGUGGUGCUGCGGGUGGCUUCCCGCGGCGCGCGCAGAGGCGCGCUGUGUGUGACCGGCCACCACCUGCUGUUCUCGGGCAGGGAGGAGGAGGAGGGGGAGGGGGGGGACAGCGCCUGGCAGCUCCUGCUGCUCCUCAGGAACAUCGAUGCCAUCGAGAAGAGUGUUGAGAAUCUUCUCGGAUAUCCACAAAGCUGCAAAGCAAACCAGAAGCAAAGAACAACAGGAUCGUCUGGGAGCAUCGUGAUCAAGUGUAAGGACCUGCGUAUCCUCCAGCUCGAUAUUCCCGGAAUGGAAGAGUGCCUGAACAUCGCCAGCUCCAUCGAGGCUCUCUCCUCCCUGGAGAAUGUGACUGAAAUGUACCCGUUCUUCCACCGGCCUCGUGGCCUCAGCCUGAGCGACCCGUGGGGUUUAUCGUCUCCAGAGCAGGACUACAGACAAACAGAAAGGCUGUGGGACAGAUGGAGGCUCAGUAACGUGAACUCGGAUUUCUCGGUGUGUCCGUCGUACCCGGGCGCCGUGAUCGUACCGAGUUCGGUGGAUGAUGGCGCUCUGGUGAAGGCAGCGAGAUUCCGGCAGGGCGGCAGAUUCCCCGUGCUGUGCUACUGCCACCACCGCAACGGCAUGGUGAUCAUGCGAAGCAGCCAGCCCAUGACAGGAGCCAAUAGGAAGCGCUGUAGAGAGGAUGAGCUCCUCCUCCAGGCAGCGAUCAACGAAUCGGAGCUGGGUUACAUCAUAGAUACACGCUCCGCCCAGCAAGCCCAGCAGGCCAAGAUGACCGGCGGAGGGUUCGAGUCGAAAUCCUGCUAUCGACCCUGGAGGAGGUUACACAGACACAUGGAGAGAGGUAAGGUAUUACAGGAGAGUUUAAUAAAGCUGGUCGAAGCGUGUGGAGACUCGUCUCACAACAUGGACCGCUGGCUGAGUAAGCUGGAGAACUCCAAAUGGCUGUCUCACGUUCACAGCGCACUGUCCACCGCGGGACUCGUAGCCGAGUGUGUAGAGAGGGACGGUCACUCGGUGUUGGUUCACGGCUCUGAGGGAACAGAUACCACGCUGCUGGUGACGUCACUCGCUCAACUCAUCUUAGAUCCUGACUGCAGGACCUUUACAGGCUUCCUCCGACUGCUGGAGAGAGACUGGGUUCAGGCAGGUCACCCAUUUCAGCAGCGCUGUUCGCGCUCAGCUUACUCUCACGCUCGGCUGAAGCACGAGUGCCCGUCCUUCCUGCUGCUGCUGGACUGCGUGUGGCAGAUCCUGCGUCAGUUCCCUUUAGCGUUGGAGUUCAGCGAGGCUCUGCUGCUCAGACUGGCUCAGGAAGCCUACGCUUCCGACUACGGCACCUUCCUCUGCAACAACGAACACGAGCGACACACUUUGCACGUGAAGGAAAACACGCACUGUUUGUUCCGCUUCCUGCUGAAGUGUUCCGAGAGAGAGCAGUACGUUAACCCUGUGUAUGAACACACACCGCUCACCAUCUGGCCUUCAGUGCAGCCGCAGUCUCUCCAGCUAUGGACCGGGCUCUUCCUCAGGUGGACAGACCACACUCAGAUGAUGGACGAGGCCCGAGAGGAGAUCAGGACUCUAGUGAAAGAGCACAGGAGAGAGAAGAUCAGCAGCGACGACGCCAUACACACACUUCUCACGCACCGAGACGCUCUCACGGUUCUGGAGAACGACAUGGACGAGCUGACGAUACUGUGAUCUCCUCUCACUGUUCACGUCUCACUCACGCUGUUAAUUUAGAUUUUACAUCACUGUAACUGUUAAAAAAAUCUUUUAAAAUCCUGAAAAUAUUUUAUUUUAUUUUAUUUUAUUUUAUUGAUGGGAAACGAAACCUGAAAACACUCUGACGCUCAGGGAUCUUCCUGUUCGCAGAGGCAGGAACAGGAAGCUACGAACAUCACACUUUUGGUUCUGGUUUCACACACACACACCUUAAUACUCAGAGUUCACGACGUUACCCACAGGUUCCCACGAAUGAUGUAAUAAAUCACACGAGGCUGCCGAUAUUACUGUGACUUUCGAAAUUCGUUACAGAAACUGAGCCACACCAUUAAAUUAUUUUGUGCGCAGAUGAACUUGAUGUUAUUUUGAGCCGAACAGAUCGCGAUUAAAAACAAACAUUGACUGAUGACUUGACUUUUAAUCCUUUCACUCAAGAUUUAUUCAUUUUGACCUUGUAAUUUUUUAAUGCUUAUUUGAAUGUGGAGUGCGAACAUUUCAGGUUAAAACAUUAAAAAAAAAACUAAAACUAAA